AUGGUGGUGGAUCAGCUAGAGGACGUGGUUCAGAGAUGGAGAACAACUAAAGAAAAUGACUUUACACAAGAUGAUCGUGAGCUUUUCCUAAAUGCAAGUUUUACCUCCAUUGCUCAAGGUAACAGUGGUCAACUGCUCGACUUCAUAAAGCAGGAGGUAAAUCAGCACAUAGUGAGGUCUAUGGCCAGCAGCCUAUUGCCUUCACUGGUAAAGGAUGUGCUGAAAAAAAAUGGCAGUUCUGCUCAUUCUCAGGCUAUCCUCAAUGAACUUGUGCUGCUCUGCAAUGUUGAAGAACUUCUCGACAUUUUACUCCCGCAAGUGGAUGACAUUGAUCCAGAUGCUAUUGCAGACACAAUCACUGUUCUCAUGCCUCUCAUUCAGUCAGUGCUGUUAAGAAUGGAGUCAAAGGCAUCUGGACUGGCUUUGGCCCUGGAUUCUCUGCAGAAACAGAUUUCAAAGCUGCCUGUACCAUACUCACACAAACAGGAACAGGAAGAUGAGCAUGGGCUCUGCCGAUGCUGCAGUGCAGCACUGACCUUUGUACAACCCUUCGUGCAGGAAGCCAAGAAUCAAGACUUAAACUUAGACUUGCCCACCAACCAAGACUCAAAACUAAGAGCUACUCUUCUAAAGUUGUAUGUUUUUACCAUAUUGUUUAGCUGCAUGGCGAAUCUAAGGGAACCUCUUCUUCAAGCCCAGCUGGACAGGGAGGUGAAUACUGUGGAAAAUUCGACGCUGUGGAAGUUUGCCACAGAAAUAAUGGCAAUCCUUGCGAUGAUCCAAGAGCCCCUACCAAAACUCUUAUUCUACCGGCCAUUCACAGAGAAGGAAGAUGGUAUUACACUGGAAAGGAGCGGUUGUCAACAGAAGGAAUCAAAAGCAUGUAUUGCUUACUUGCUAUUUGUCCAGCUUAUUGCUGUGGAAGUGUUUCCUGCAGUGUAUAGCCCUGUUUUCAUCCUUCAAUGUAAUAUGGAAUACAUCAGUCUUCUGUUAAGUAGGAAGGAUGAAUCAUGGAUUUUGAAAGGCUUGGACUUGAAUGUAAAAAGUUUGGAGGGAUUAACAGACAGUAGCCUCCCAGUGGAGCUCUUACAACUUAAAUGUUUUCAUGAGGUUCCACAGAGCUUGGUUAAAAUCAUGACUGACUGUCCUAUCCAGCACCUAAAAAUAAAGAGCCUCCUAGUGUUCCAGCUCUUCAUCGAGAAACUUGAUGGUGAAGCCAAGCACAAGUUUUUCAGACGCGUCAUGAAAACUAGUCAUCAUGCAGGAGUAGAAAGUAUCAUCAUCAAAAACAUCAAGAAACACAUGGAGCUGUUAAGAAAGGUGCUUGUCUUACACUCAUAA